AAUGAAGCCCUUUGCUUUUCGAUGUCAUACUUCUUGGUUAUCCCAAUUCUAAUCUAUGUGGAGGAGACUCUUUGUAUGUAUUCCUCUUGUCCUUUCCUACCAGUCCAGCACGAAGCUUCCUGUGGCUAUUUCUACUUCCCCUCAAGUAUAAUCUGACAUGGUGACACCCAAUAAGCUCCGUUGCCAACUGCAUUAUUUUUGUAUGGUUUUGGUUUGUUCGAACAAUGCCUUGGUGGGAUUUGGGAUCUCUUUCUUGGUUUAGGAUCUUUCGGGUGAAUAUUCCGUGUACAAGGCAUUUCUUUUAAAUAUUGACUUCUUGGGAUUAUCUAGGAAGUUUCAAGCAAGAGGUCAGAGAUUUCUGUGGUUACUACUGGUUGGUUUUCUCCCGAUGACCUUCCAUUGAUAGAACAGAAGAAUAAAGAGAGAAUGAGGGAAGUUCAGCUUGGUUCACAUACUGUGAAGUCCCAUGGACUCACAGUUGCAAGGACACAUUUGCAUGACUGGCUGAUACUCGUGCUUCUUAUGCUGAUUGAGAUCAUCCUAUAUGCAAUCCAUCCAUUUUAUCGCUUUGUUGGGAAGGAUAUGAUGAAUGACCUCAAGUAUCCCCUUAAAAGCAAUACAGUACCAGUUUGGGCUGUUCCUGUCUAUUCAGUUCUGUUGCCAAUUGUGAUUUUUCUUGUCGUCUAUUUCCGGAGAAGAGAUGUCUAUGAUCUUCAUCAUGCCAUACUAGGUCUCUUGUUCUCUGUUCUAGUCACAGCAGUUAUUACAGAUGCUAUAAAAAAUGCUGUUGGCAGACCUCGGCCGGACUUCUUUUGGCGUUGUUUUCCUGAUGGAAAGGAUGUUUAUGAUAUGUUGGGAAACGUUAUAUGUCAUGGUGAGAAAAAUGUCAUAAAGGAAGGACAUAAGAGUUUUCCCAGUGGUCAUACAUCAUGGUCCUUUGCUGGUCUAGGUUUUCUGUCUCUCUACUUAUCUGGAAAAAUAAAAGUAUUUGAUCGCAGAGGCCAUAUUGCAAAACUAUGUAUCAUCUUUUUUCCUUUACUUUUUGCAACACUUGUUGGCAUUUCACGGGUGGAUGACUACUGGCACCACUGGCAGGAUGUAUUUGCUGGAGGUCUCUUAGGGUUCACAGUGGCUACGUUUUGCUAUUUGCAGUUCUUUGCACCCCCAUAUCAUCCUGAAGGUUGGGGGCCUUAUGCGUACUUUCGGGUGUUGGAGGAGUCGCAUGGAAGAACACAAGCAGCCAAUGUGCAGGCCAUGGAGGCGCAGGUUGACAACGAACAAGAUGAAAGAAGCAUCCACGGGUGUAUCGGUAUAUCCCUGGCACGCAAUUCUAGUUCAAAAUUGGAAGAAAUCGAAUCUGGCAGGACAUAGUUCUGUAUAUAUUUUGCGACACCGUCCAAUCUCUGGACCAUUUACGUGUACGCAUAUGUGCGCUAGACGAUAGGUUGCCUCAACUUGUCCAAGUAAAUUUUGAAACUUUCGAAUGCAGUUUUCCAUCUUUUUUAUGUACAAUAUAAAGCCGAAGUGCAGCUUGGAAAUGAUGCAUACUUUUAUACUCUUCAAAGCUUGAUUUUAUGGUUUGUAACACACUCUUAUAAAGCUUACGGUUUGAGUGAA